UCGAUGCGAGGGUUCACUGAGGAGACACUUUUAAAUUGUUAUCGAUGUUACGGAAAUUUCGUUGUUAAAUUUUUGUUUAAAAAAUUUUUUUUUUUAAAAAACUUCUAGAAAAAAAUUUUUAAUUUAAACUUUUUAAUUUUUAAAUUGACUGCAAGUAUUUGAAUAAUUUAAUAAAAAGUUUCAGGAGUUGUAAAUUGUAAUAGCAACUUAUUUUUAAUUGGUAACAGAGUUCGCUUAGAAUAAAAGUGAUUAAUUGAUAAAAUUAUUCUCUAAUUAGAAGUGAUUUAAACGUGGAAAAGUUUCGGCCAGUAAAAGUGUGAUGAAAGGAUUAAUUAACGUGUGAGUAACGUGAUUAGCGAUGACUUUUAUAAAACAAAAUUGUUUAUUAGUGAAACAAGGCGACAGUGCAAGAGGAUUUCAACAGUGUACACGCUCACUUCGUAAUUAGAAAAAUCAAUAAGCCUCGGUUUUAUUCAUUCAUUUUUUGUUUGUCAAGCCGACUAAUUCACGAAAUUUGUCUUUAAAAAGUGGAAAUUUUAUCGAAUUAUUUUUAGUUUUUUUCGAUUUGGAUUUUAUCAGUGGAAAUGAGGAAGCUGAAAGCCCUGCAAUAUUUUAUUGCAAUAGCAGUUUCUUUGGUGGACAAAAGCGCCGGAGGAAGUUGUAGGGCUGCGAAAUUGUGCUGUCAAGGCCGCGACUCCGGCUGUGUUAUACAGAAAGUAUCUCCAAAUGCCAUUAUCGAGAGUCCCAAAGAUAAGCCUUGUUACUGCGAUCAUGCUUGUCUUAAAUUAAAUGACUGCUGUAGCGACUUUCGGGAAACUUGUAGUGUAAUCGAUUGUGAAGUUAGUGAAUGGGGAACAUGGUCAGCUUGUGACAACUUGUGUGGAGUCGGUAUUCAAACAAGAAUACGCGUCGUCACCAAGUCUAAACAAAAUGGCGGUAAACAUUGUCCGCAAUUAGAGCAAUCUAGGGUAUGUCAAGAACACGUCGGAUGUCGGCAUUCAGAAAGGGAUUUAUUGUAUAAAACCAACGUGACUCUGCUCACGACAUGGCAAGAGAUGAAUCCCGAGCUAAAUGAAACAAUCGCGACGAAACAAGGAACGUGCUCGGCUUUUACCGUAAUUUGGGCGUCCAGGGCUUGCAGCAAGGACUUUCCAGGCGUUACACUUGGAGCACAAAUUUGUGUCAUGUGUCAUAGUGAGUCAGAGAGCGUAAGCUGUCAAAAUAACCAGGAUCCAUUGGGACCUACCGGAAUCGGCAGGUGGAAAAUAAUAACAUCAGAAUCUGCGCGGUGUCACGGAAAAUGGAUCACCAGCGCGAAUAAUAUCGAGCAGUUUGAUGUCAAUGAGUGCAAAGAAGCAACGUCUUUCGUGUAUGUUUAAGAUCAAAAACAACCCUACCGUCCAUUUUACUAAAAUUUCAAUUAAAAAUAAUUGAUAUUAAUUACCGAAACAGGUACAAUGGAUUGGCGCUUAGUCUGUAAAUAAAUUAGUCAGUAAUGAUAGUAUUCAAUAAAUAAUUAAUAAAGUAAACUAUAAUUAUAAUUAUGGUACUAAUAAUAAUAAAUAAUAAAUAAUAAAUUCAUUCAAUAUUUGGGAUAUUUAAUAAAAAUGUGAUUAUCAACAAAAUUAAUGGAUUAAUUAAUCCCCAAUAUUUUUCUUAUUGUUAGCAGAAUAUAAUAACUUUAAAUUAAUAAACGUAUGUGUAUAAUUGUAUAGACGAGAGUACAGCCCGCAGAUAUAUUCCUGAUAUGAUACAUUAUAUUAUAUUAUAUAUUGUACUGUAAUGUAAUGUAAUAUGUAAGUGAAAUAAUGAAAAUGGAACGGCAAUGACAUAUCAAAUAUCACGUAAAGAAUUAAAAAUAAUGUGAGUCGGGCAUGAUCGAUGACCGGCUCUGAUUGUCUGUACCAUCUAAUGCAUAAAUAAAAAUUCAUAAAAAUUA